UAGGAGCUUUCAAAGAAGCUUUGUGAAUACGGGUCCUGGUAUCGGAGAUGUCGAUAUUUCAGUAUCCAUCCGCGGUUGUUGCGCAUGCGCUCAAAAACAUUCGAGAACAUGGCGGCGCCCGUCGAUCUGGAGCUGAAGAAGGCCUUCUCUGAGCUGCAGGUGAAAAUGAUUGACACACAGCAGAAGGUCAAGCUGGCUGACCUUCAGAUUGAGCAGUUGACACGGGUUCAGAAACACGCCAACCUGACGCACACAGAGAUCAACACGCUGCCCAACAACACUCCGCUGUACGAAGGUGUCGGACGCAUGUUCAUCCUGCAGUCCAAGGAGGACGUGACUAAUCAGCUGAAGGACAAACAGAAAACCGCUGAGGAGAAAAUCAAAGAGCUGGAGCAGAAGAAGGUGUACCUUGAACGCAGCGUGAAGGAGGCGGAGGACAACAUUCGAGAGAUGUUACUUUCCAGAAGAGCCCAGUGAUUGAUGUUGAAUUCUAGUCCUAGUUAAUAUCUCGUCAUUCUUUCUAAUUAAAGCAUUCACAAUCACAAGAA